CCUGUAAUUUAGAGUUUACUUCUAAAGAAAAAUCAAGAAACCACUACAAAAUCUCUCAUUUUCCUUUCUGUUUUUAAAGAAAACAAAACUAUAAUGGAUACUGAUAGCAAGCAAUCGAAGGAAAGUUCGUCUGAUGUUAAGAACUCAACUGUUAAGGAACUUGUUGACAAGAAUAAUUCUGUGGAAGAGGAUGAAGGAACUGCUAUUCUUGCCGGUGCCGGUGAGGAAAAAGUCGGUGGUGCUGCUGAUAAUUUGGGUAACACUGGUGCAGUUGAUAACGAUAAUGGCGAGGGUGAUGCUGGUGAUAAUGGUAAUGGCGAGGGUGAUGCUGGUGAUAAUUUAGGAGAGGGUGGUGCUUAUGAUGACGGUAACGGCGUCGGUGAUGCUGGGAAUAAUUUGGGCGACGGUGGUGCUAUUGAUGACGGUAACGGCGUCGGUGAUGCUGGGGAUAAUUUGGGAGACGGCAAUGCUAAUGAUGACGGUAUCGGCAUCGGUGAUGCUGGGGAUAAUAUGGGUGACGGUGGUGCUAAUGAUGACGGUAACGGCAACGGUGAUGCUGUGGAAAAUUUGGGUGACGGUGGUGCUAAUGAUAACGGUGACGGUGACGGCGGUGCGGGUGAUAAUAAUUUGGAUAACGGCGGUGCGGGUGAUAAUAAUUUGGAUAACGGCGGUGCGGGUGACGACGAGAACGGUAACGGAGGUGGUGAACAUUGGGCUAUACGAAUAAUUAAUUUGUGGGGACCGGCAGUGCUAGUAGUAACGCUGUUGGCAAUGUUGGCGCUGUUAAUAACGGUGUACGUGCUCAAGGCGCAAAAACAUAAAUAGACAGUUUAGCUUGUUAUGAGAUAUUGGGUUAGCUAUUAUUGUUUUUUUAGCUAAGUGAAAGUAGGGGCAGAGUUGUAAUUGUAUUUGGAGUUGACAGAUUUUAAUAUCUUAAUCACCUUCUUAAAUAAAUAACCACAAUC